UCUUUAACCGAUACCUUUUUAUACCGUAAUUUUACAUUUGAUAAAAGAUGUUUACCGUUAUUUAUAUACUUUAAAUAUAUUUAUACCGCAGGCGAGGAUUUUUAACUAUCGAAACGCGUUACCAAAUCAUCCUGAAGAUUGUCGUAAUUUUUUACGAUUUUUUACCAUUUAUUUAACCGUUUAUGACUCGAUAUUUUACAUUCACUCGACUUCGUUACCGUCAAUGACGUUCAAGGGCAUUGGAAGAUCGUAAAAGUUAGGAAGGUCGUGUCAUUGACGCUGAAGAUCGUUCGACGACCGAGUGGGGGAGCGGUCAUUGUACUCGUCGAUCACUGACGAUCGAGAUCAUUCGAAUUUCGUCGAGCUGCAAUAGAAAGCAAAUUUUAUGCGAUAAAAUUUGGAAAAUUUUGAGAAAUUGGAAAAGACAGGGGAAAAGGAAAAGAACAUGGACUUUUGGCAAAGUUGCGUUCCUUUAAUCCAAACGAUCCAAGAAUCACAAAAAUUUCCAGGAUGAUUCGAUACUAUACGUUUGUUACUUACUGGUUCGUUACUACUUGAUAUCGAAUCUCUAUUUUCAUACGAUCUCGUUACCAAAAAUCUUAACAGUGUCUUUGAUAUUUCGUAACUUACACGGUUCCUACAGAUUGUCAAUCGUUCAAGCCUAUCGUUCAAGCCUAUUCGCGAAGGCUACAUAUGUACACGUAUUUAUUGUACUUGCGCAAUUGUUAAUGUUUAUACUCGACGAGAUGAUAGUCCAAUAAAAGGAAGCACAGGAAAGUACAUAUUCGCAAUAUUCGUACGAAAAUCCUAAUCUGCGCGAAUAGACGAAGAAAACGUAAGCUUAACAACUCGCUUACAGGAGAAAGCCUGGCCCCCUUUCUUUGUGCACGUCGACGUAUAUGACUGACGUAAUUACGAGCGAAAAAGAAGCGAGCGUAACGAGGACGAAAACGAGACUUUUGCACGGCCAUUGACAGGACGUGGGUCUGCACGUAGCAACGUAUGCGGGAGGAGUUUUGAUAAAGCUACACAAAGAAAAAGAACAGGAUAUUGCGGUGCGAUGCAUAAUGUAAUCAAUUAGAUUAUGUAUGCAACCGCAUAUAUAACCGCAUAUGCGAGGGAACGAAGAAUCGAUAGAUCUUCUCGUUUAUGUACUCGUACAUCCGUCGAUACGAAAACGACGACCGAACCGUACGCGUAAAAAUGUCGAAUGUCAAAUUGCUCGGUUCCCCGUUGCUUUUUUCCUGACACGCAUUUCCCGUGCGUUCGGUACAGCUGGUAUACUAUGCGUCCUGACGGCACGUGCCAGAAAUAGACGUCUGUAUCUCAGUUGUGUCGAGUGCGACGUAGGGGGUAUAACGACAUUUAGACGUUCCAUAUGAGCCCAGAAAACAUCCUCAGUUAGUGAAAAAGUGCUCGCGGAUGCGGUUCACGUCCCUUUUCUCACCGUUCGGCUGAAUCCACGGAUAUUUCUCUGUGAAGCGCGGCAAUCUCGGUUUCGUGCGUGGAACGGAUCACCGAGUCGAUUCAUCCCCUGUCUUCUAACCAUGCGAAUUAAUCGUCGUUUAACCAAUUAGGGUGAUCGAAUCAAGAGCCCGAGUGUACACGAGACGAGGAUAGGUUUAACGAACUUAUCAAUCGCGGCAUCCCAUGUACACGCAUACGCGUUUGGCUACGGUUCCGUUCUAAACACGAGCGAACAAACGUCAGAAUCGUGGAAUUUACUCGGCGAAUCGUAGGUUGACGAUGGUUUGGAACGGCACAGGCCCAGUGAUCCGGAUGACUACCACGGGUACUCAUAGUGCCGGAGGUAUCGAAUGUUGCUUCUGCAAAUGUUGCACGUGCAUACACUUGGAAUUCUUAAAAACUUUCCCCGGUAUCUUGAAACUGAGCGAAAUGAUCAUCGGCGGCUUGAUACAAAGUUUGCUAAUGAAAUACGGUUUGCCAUACAACGCGACGAUCGGUCCGGCUUUCGAAGGAGCUUUGACUACGUCUUUUGCUUGUUUCUUAACAUCCACCAUAUUACUCGCCUGCUACGUGCUUUCGGAAAAAUCCUACAAGAUGAUCAGAUCGUCCCUCUUUGAGAUAAUGUUCAACGUUUCGGCAUCCUUCUUGUAUUUAACCUCGGCUGGCUAUUUGUUCGCGUGUACAAAGCUGUAUCUCCUGCCGCAAUAUUAUAUAAUACCUGGAUUCGAUGUUUAUCCUGCGAUGAUAUCUGCUUAUGUACGUACAAUUAUUCGCGACUAUAACUCGUGCUUCCUUCAUUAUUCCAAUGUUAUUGUGCUUUUACAGAUCAUGAGUGCCUCCGUCGGAGUACUACACGGGGUAGACGCAUAUUUCUCUUACAGGCAAUAUAAGACCGGAAGAUGAAUCAAAGUCAGAAGAAGGUGGCGAGAUACGUAAAAAUAUCGCACAACGAUUCAGGGCUGAAGCAAAGCUCGAAGAAACUUAUUUUAGAUCGUGUUCAAUUUUCUAACAGUUUAUUCGCGU